UCAUCUCUCCACAUAAUCACGAAACAACCUCGUCCGUCUUCCUUGGACUACUUCCUCGUACUUAUCCAAGACAACCCCUAGACUGUUUGAUUCAUUCAUUCAUUCUUCUUCUUCUUCCUUGAUUAUCUGCUAUUUUCUUUUUGUUGGGGGUUCUAUACACGGGAAAAAAAAAUGAAGGGAAGUUUGCAGAACCCCCUGCACCUCAAGUCUCUGAAUCACAUUUCUCUUGUGUGUAGAUCAGUGGAGGAGUCCAUUGAUUUCUACCAGAGCGUUCUUGGGUUUGUCCCGAUACGGAGGCCCGGUUCCUUCAAUUUUGACGGGGCAUGGCUGUUUGGCUAUGGAGUUGGAAUUCAUUUGCUGCAAUCAGAGAACCCAGAGAACAUGCAGAAGAAAAAUGAAAUCAAUCCCAAGGACAACCAUAUCUCUUUCCAAUGCGAGAGCAUGGGAGCGGUAGAGAAGAAGCUGAGGGAGAUGGAGAUCAAGCAUGUGCGGGCGAAGGUGGUGGAAGGUGGGAUCGAGGUUGAUCAGCUCUUCUUCCAUGAUCCGGACGGGUUUAUGAUCGAGAUCUGCAACUGUGAUAGCCUCCCUGUGGUCCCGCUUGCGGGCGAGUUCGUCCGGUCAUGCUCGUUGGUCAACCUGCAGAUGCUCUCGCCCCAGAUCAAGCAGGUCGUCCAGCAGUGAUGCGGAACGGGAAGAGUGAGUCCAGUGGUCCCAAGAUCAGGCAUUUUCAUUCAUUUCUUGUCAUGUUUAGCAUUCUUUCACAGCCAGAAAAUGAAUGGAAGCUCUGUACCUCUUUAACUACUUCUAAAUAAAACACGGACCAGAACUAAGGACUAGGUUAAUCGGGUUUGGUGUCGGUCUUAUGUAAGAGGAGCGAUUAUUUAUGAUGUCCGAGCUACAUCUAUAUUAGCAAGCAUCGAUGUUAUUAUUAUUAUUAUCAUCUUUUCUAAGU